AUACCGUGAAGCGCACGCAAAGCAGAGUUGUGGAAAAAUAACACAAUUUUCCCGUGUUUGAAUCUCGCAUCGUCAGCAUGUCGGGCUUGUACAAGUGUCCAUUUGAUCCCUUACAUCAAAUUUCGGCAAAUUCAUUCGCCAAACAUCUCACGAAAUGCCAAAGACAACAUCCGGAUGUGAAGUACGCAAGGUGUCCGUUGAAUUCGUUUCACUUGAUGAAACCGGAGGAACUAAACGAACACGUGCGAACUUGCCCAAGUCGUGCACAGUUCGACGCCUACAAAUACAGUGUGUCGGUGGCGUCGUCCGCGCCCGUGGACGAAAUUAUCAUCAACACCGGCAACAAACCGGGAGCCUCAUCAUUUGCAUCAGCAUCAGCAAGUUCGCUCCAAGAUGAUGAUGAAUGCUGGGACGAUUCCAACUACGUGGCCUACAAUCCGCUGGAAAAAUGCAAACAGAGAAAAGAGCAGCACAAAAGCUUCAUCACUCCCUGUGCCAACAAGUUUGUCGUUCCAAACGCCAGUAUCUCCAUGAUCAAGCAAGAAUUCCAAAACGAUGAUGCGCAGGAGCGGCAAGCAGUGAAGGAGGAAGCCCUAUCGGAAGGUACUAAAAGCCCAGAUAGAUCUUCCGAAACAGAACCCGCCGUUCAAGAAGAGCAUGGCGAAAUGACAUCGCAGUAUUCGGAGCGUCAACCUGCUUUUGGAGGAAGGACUGACGACCGAAGACCGUAUAGAUCGUCAGCUAACAGCUACAAUGAUUUUGAGAGACGUAACGAAGAUUAUGCAUCGCAUCGUGGGCCGUCAGAUGUUCCGUCUUAUAGCAAUUCAACCUAUGGCGAUACGUACAUGGGAAGAUACGAUCGCAAUCGCCAUACUAGUCGCCGAUCGUAUGAAGAUGACCGGCAGAAGUAUAAGCCUUACCACAAUCCUUACAGUAGAAAUUCCAAGACGUCGAAAGAUCAAGAAGAUCGUUACCAAUCCAGCAGAAAUUUUAGAGCUGACAGAGGCAACAGAUAAGACUACAAAACAUGAUCAAACGAAAAUUUUACACUAAAAUUUUUUUGUGCUAUUAUAGCAAUUUAUUAUUGACAUGAGUUCUAUCGUUGCUAGUUCAACUUAUCAAAGAUAUUUGCAAGAGCGCAGAGGAGCGUAUUCCAAAUUUUUAAUAAAGUUAUC